AAUCCAUACUACCAGUUCAUGCAUGACGUCUCCUGUGCUGGUGUUUUUUAAUUUUCUCUGGUGGUUAUGUAAUUCGCCUCCCUCUCCCUCUUUUGUGAUCAAGGGGACAGCGUGACGUCAUCACCCAGCUUCGGGAAGGUCUGGCGGCUCGCGGCUCCUACUUCCAGACCAGCUAACGGGCGAUAAACAAACUGCAGCGGUGCCUUAGCUUAGCUUAGCUUAGCUUAGCUGGGGGAGAAAAACAAAACACCAAACUGGGUAGAAGGCCACUCGGGUCAGCUGUACUAUCGCACGUCUGAAUGUGUGCAGAUAAGGUAGUGCGCGUUUUUGCACUGACUUGAGCCCCUUUUUUAUGCAACCCGCCCUGCUCACCAGGCACCACGAUGUCCGACGCUGCUAACGUUACUUCCACAGACAACAACGGAGACUCCGGGCUAAACGGGUCCUGGGUGGAGCUGGAGAUGAACAGAGCCGCAGCCGGAUCAACCCAGUCCUCCUCUACAGGCGGCUCGUCUCCAGGCCUGCUGCCUCUGCCUCAGGUGGAGGAGGAGGAGGCCAUGGUGGGGGGGCUGGAGCACGUCCCAUCCUCGUCCUCGAUCCACAAUGGAGACAUGGAGAAGAUCCUGCUAGACGCCCAGCAUGAGUCAAGUCGCAGCAACUCCUCCUGCGACAGCCCUCCGCGUCCCCACAGUCCCCAGGAUGACGGACAGAUCAUCUUCGACGUGGACGUGAGCGGCAGAAGAGACAGCCUAUCAGAAGAGGACGUCUUGGACAAGGAGAGGGACAUGGACAUCCUGAUGAAGGACGCAGACUGGGUUGCUGACUGGUCUAGUCGACCGGAAAACAUUCCCCCCAAGGAGUUUCAUUUCCGUCACCCUCGACGCUCAGUAACGCUCAGCAUGAGGAAGACCGGGGCCAUGAAGAAAGGAGGAAUCUUCUCCGCCGAGUUCCUCAAAGUCUUCAUCCCCUCGCUGCUACUAUCACACAUCCUCGCUCUGGGGCUGGGAGUCUACAUUGGAAAGAGGCUGACCACGCCACCUGCCAGCUCUUUCUGAACCCGAAACAGAAGAAAAGUGCCUGAGAAGUGGCCACGAGUUGUUGGAGAAAGUUUUGCUGUUGUGAGAAGAACGCCCGUCUCUUCUCCCUCUGUCCCGCCUGCCCCCCUCCUGCUUCCCCUCCCCACCCCUGAGAUAUGACAUGUUCUCAGGAGAAAUGCAUCUGCCUUUUCCCCUCUCUAUCCUCCUCCUUCCCUGCCCUUUUUUUCUUGAUCGGCUGUUCUGACUGUCUGUAGAUAUCCCCUCCCCCCUCGCCUUAUAUCCUCCACUCAUUUGUAUUAGCUUUUCAAAGAAUGAAUAAGGUCAUAUUUCCCCGCAGUGAUUGGGCGUCAUGUUUGUAACGGGUGGGUUUUCAGGGAGGGUUGCAGCAUCAAACCAAACUCUUCCACUACACACACACACUGUCUCAGUGCCCCUUGAUCACGUGACAACAAGGGAGGACUGUCCAGUUUUUAGAAUUGACCACAGAUUGUGCCACCUACACGAGUAGCCCUACACUCGAUCUUGAAAGGGUUCGACCAAAUUCAGAGUCGGCUACGCGAACUGAAAAUGUGAUUAUGCCUUUUUUGAAAGUAGCCAUUUUGUUCAUUUUCUCUAGGCAAUAUUGUUUUUUUAAUUUAUUUUACAACAGUGGUGAUUUAUUGAGAAGGUGUAACGAUGAGAGGAGUUACCGUAGUGGCCAUCCUUAAACCACAAGCGCUCAUGAAUUGCACUGGGGAAGUCUCUGGCUCCGUCUGAGAGAUUUACGUGACGUUUCUUCCGUGAUGGAAACGAGAAAUUUUAAAUUUUGAACCUGAAUGAAUAUUUUUGCAAAGUGACAAUAACUGGAAACCAGGGUGAAGGUGUGUGUUGUGCAGGCAGGCAGCUUGUCCCCUUUUCAGUGUGUACACUAACAGUAUUUUGUGGUCGGGUCUUGGGUCCAGAAAAGGGUUCGCCCAAACAGUUAGCGUCCAUGUUGUCCUUCCAGUGAGCUUUCUGGUUUGUCUGCAACAUAUCGUAGAGCUGGUCUGGUCCUGACUGCUCAGUUCCCACGCUUACUCCACGUAGGGCCGGAUACUACAUGGUACUGCGCUGACUGUUUCUUUUUGUUGUGCGUGUUGAAAGGAUUCGGUACCAAGAUGUGAGAUUUGAAUUACAGAGAGGCUUUGUUGGCAUUCGAGUAACUUUAUUUAAAUCUAAAAGUUUAAAUAUUAAACUUGAAGUAAGUGACUUUUAUUUUUAAGAUAUUGGUCGGGUCAGGAGUUUUUGUUUGUGAAAAUAGCCAGUAGUAGCCAGCCCUGCUUUUUGACACUCCGACAUGUUUGCCAAAACUUCCACAGAAUCUAAAACUUCAAGCUGCAGAUGAAGGGAACUGACUGCAAGGUAUAGACAGCCAUUUGUCGCAGUGACACUAACGACUGAAGGGAGCUUUGAUUUCACUGAACAAGGCUCUGCUUUAUGUGUAAACGCAGGUACAAUAAGGUCCACAGCAUGAUUGAAUCGCUUGAUAUCAGACGCUGGCUUCACUGCAGCAUCUGAGGCCGCACUGGGGUCAGUUUUGUCCCAGGGGACCUUCCAGAGCCAGACCUGGGUCAAAUAAUAUUUGAUUUAGUAGUUCAGAUCUUCGAAUGCCUUGUAUUUCAGUUAGUCAUUAUCAUUUGCAGUUUUUCUUCAGCUUAUUUUCUCGUUGCUUUGUUGACACAUUUACAGGAUUUAACUUACAGGAUGACACAAUGAGUUUCAGUUUUAUCGAUGAGCUUUACCUGAUGUUGCUUUGUUGCCUUUUUAGAAAAUACCGAAUGAUUUUUAUGAUUACUGCAUUUCAGUGUUACAUUUCAUCGAGCAAGAAAAACGUAAAGAAGUAGCUUCUGUGAGCUCUGACUGUUGUCUUAGAAAGUUUUGAGUUUGGCGUUCGUCCUGAAGAUGUAAAUGUGAAGAGUCUGAAAACAUAAACUUUUCGUGAAGUAAAAUUAGCCUCUCUCUGAAAUAAUUUUGCUGCAAAUACUAUUUGACCCAGCAGGUCGACUCAGGAUGUGAUAUCUGUAUCUACCACCACUGAUGACUGGGGGUUUGUCUCCAUGCCAGCCACACAGAUACUGUUGUAUCGUGCGACAUACGCGUAUCUGCCCGUGUUUGCACAUGCAGUGCUCAACAGCGGUGUUUUGGAUUGUUUCUUUUCCUGUUUGUUUUGUUUUGUCUGUUUUAAGUUUAUUUUCCUGAUGUUGUGGAAAGAUUGUGAACGCACAGAGCGGGAGUUUAACAGAAAGAAAGGAGAACCCCUAUUGUUGAUGGCAGGGCCUAAUGUGAAUAGGAAGCUGAAGGUGUGGAAAGAGACUUCCCUCAGACUGCGAUGGUCUAACAGUAGUUAUUGUAAUGAUGCAUUUGCUUUGAUUUUUCUUUUUCCCACUACAUUGGAAGAAUUGAUCAACAUUUUGUCAUUAAAGAUUACCUGAAUGAAGA